GGUAUCCCACAGAGGUUAUGUGCACAGAACGAAUCCUGGUGCUGACCUUCCUCUGUGUGUGGGGCAGCGAGGUGACAGCUAUAGAUGGUUCUGAUGGGUACAUGACUCCGGAUUUCUGUAGAGGGCAUAAGUGCCCAAGGUAUCGAGUGGUGGAGAAACAUGAAAUCUUUGAGGUACGAGAGUAUGAGCCAACAAACUGGGCCUCAACCAUUGUAAACUUGUCAUGUGACUAUAUAAGUCAAAGUGAUCGUCUCUACGAAUACAUCCGUGGAGCAAAUGAAAAAGGUACAAAAAUGGAUAUGACACUACCUUUUUCAGUAUUUGUUCCAACAAGGGAAAAAACAAAAAAACAGCCCCUUUCUUUAUUUUUCCUCCCAUCAAAAUUUGAAUCUCCUGAACCAUUAGACUCCAGUAUUUAUGUUUACGGUUAUCCUGCCUUAACAUGGUAUAUUCGGUCUUUUGAUGGUAUUUCCAAUCUCGAAAACUGUUUUAAUCAGGCACAGGUUUUAGCAAAAGAGUUGGUACACCUGAAGAAACCAUUUGAUGAUACAUUUUUUGCAUGCAAUUUCUAUAAUGGUCCAUACCAACUGAACAAUCGUCAUAAUGAAGCGGCACUCAUGCUCAAGCAUAUAGAGAAAUCUGACUGAUUUAAUACUAUAUUUAGAUGCCAAAAUGUUUAAGGAACUCUGAUGUGGUAAAUGAUUUUUUGAUGUGCACCUUUCAAAAGAUAACAUCACUUUUCUGAAAAGUAUGCAAUUGAAUAAAACUUUGAAAAUCA